AUGAUGCGCACGAAUCUGAGACGUAUGGAAAACAUAGUGUUUGCACGUUUGACUGGAAAUGGUAAUUUUAAUAAACAUGCGCAGAGGGGUGAUUCAUCAUCAAUCAGUUCAUCACCGUUAUUUGCUGGUUCAUGGCCGUUAUUUGCGUCUCAAAGUGUUGCCAAUUUAGACAAUGAUGGAGAUACAAAUGAAAUGAAUGUUACGAAAAUUGCACCGCGUACGUACAGUUUAUAUAAUUGUAUAAAUAGUAAGGCUCGUGGUGGAACAGAUCGUGACGUUCCACUGCACCAUCUUUUAAUGCCAGCCGAAACAGCAGCAGCACAGUAUCGUGAUGAUCAUAAAGAUAUUAGUCCUUUAACGUUUAAACAAUUUGAUCCACGUCUGUUUAAAUCGUUAAGUUUAUCUGAAUUUCUUUUGGCUUUUGUUAAAUUUUUUUAA